CCGAGGCGCAGACGGGCAGAGAAUGAGACUGGAGCCCAGAAUGAAGAAGUAGCCCUCGGGAGGGGCCGUGGACCAUGAGGCCGGGGCGUCUGCUGCAGCAGCUGCUGCUGCUGCUCGCCCUGCCCGGGACCCUGGAGGGCAAGGGGUGCCCCUCUCCACUCUGUGAGUGCCACCAGGAGGAGGACUUCAGAGUCACCUGCAAGGACAUCCACAGCAUCCCCAGCAUACCGCCCAGUACCCAGACACUGAAGCUUAUAGAGACUCAUCUGAAAACGAUUCCUAGUCAUGCGUUUUCCAAUCUUCCCAAUAUUUCCAGGAUCUACUUAUCUAUAGACGCAACUCUACAGCAGCUGGACUCACAUUCCUUCUUCAAUUUGAGUAAAAUGACUCACAUAGAAAUCCGGAACACCAGAAGUUUAACUUCCAUAGACCCUGAUGCCCUGAAAGAGCUCCCCCUCUUGAAGUUCCUUGGCAUUUUCAACACCGGACUUCGAAUAUUCCCCGACCUGACUAAAAUUUCUUCUACUGAUGUAUUCUUUAUACUUGAAAUCACAGACAAUCCUUACAUGACUUCAAUCCCUGUGAAUGCUUUUCAGGGGCUCUGUAAUGAAACUCUGACACUGAAACUAUAUAACAAUGGCUUUACUUCAAUCCAAGGACAUGCUUUCAAUGGGACUAAGCUGGACGCUGUCUACCUGAACAAGAAUAAAUACCUGACAGUUAUUGACAGAGAUGCAUUUGGAGGAGUAUACAGUGGACCAACCUUGCUGGAUGUGUCUCACACCAGCGUCACUGCCCUGCCUUCCAAAGGCCUGGAGCAUUUGAAGGAACUGAUUGCAAGAAACACUUGGACUCUUAAGAAACUUCCACUUUCCUUGAGUUUCCUUCACCUCACACGAGCUGACCUUUCUUAUCCAAGCCAUUGUUGUGCUUUUAAGAAUCAGAAGAAAAUUAGAGGAAUCAUUGAGUCCUUGAUGUGUAAUGAAAGCAGCAUCCAUAGCCUGCGUCAGAGAAAAUCUGUGAAUGCCUUGAAUGGCCCCAUCCAUCAGGAAUAUGAAGAUGUUGGCAAUAACAAUGUUGGGUAUAACCAGAACUCCAAGUUGCAAGAUAGCCACAGCAACUCUCAUUACUAUGUCUUCUUUGAAGAGCAAGAAGAUGAGAUCAUUGGUUUUGGCCAAGAACUCAAAAAUCCUCAAGAAGAGACUCUACAAGCCUUUGACAGCCACUAUGACUACACUGUGUGUGGGGACAAUGAAGACAUGGUGUGUACGCCCAAGUCAGAUGAAUUCAACCCCUGUGAAGACAUCAUGGGCUAUAAGUUCCUGAGGAUUGUAGUGUGGUUUGUUAGUCUGCUGGCUCUCGUAGGCAAUUUCUUUGUCCUGUUCAUUCUCCUCACUAGCCACUAUAAACUGACUGUCCCCCGCUUUCUUAUGUGCAAUCUGGCCUUUGCGGACUUCUGUAUGGGGAUAUACCUGCUCCUUAUUGCCUCUGUGGAUCUCUACACUCACUCUGAAUACUACAACCAUGCCAUUGACUGGCAGACAGGCCCUGGGUGCAAUACAGCCGGUUUCUUCACUGUCUUUGCCAGCGAGCUGUCAGUAUACACCUUGACAGUCAUCACCCUGGAGCGAUGGUAUGCCAUCACCUUUGCUAUGCGCCUGGAUCGGAAGAUCCGCCUCAGGCAUGCAUACACCAUCAUGAUUGGGGGUUGGGUUUGCUGCUUCCUUCUUGCCUUGCUCCCUUUGGUGGGAAUAAGUAGUUAUGCCAAGGUCAGCAUCUGCCUACCCAUGGACACCGAGACUCCUCUUGCUCUGGCAUAUAUUGUCCUUGUUCUGUUGAUUAAUGUUGUUGCCUUUGUCAUUGUCUGUUUCUGUUAUGUGAAGAUUUAUAUUACAGUCCGAAAUCCCCAGUACAACCCUCGAGACAAAGACACUAAAAUUGCCAAGAGGAUGGCAGUGUUGAUCUUCACUGACUUCAUGUGCAUGGCCCCAAUCUCAUUCUAUGCCCUGUCAGCACUUAUGAACAAGCCACUCAUCACUGUUACCAACUCCAAGAUCUUGCUGGUACUCUUCUAUCCACUCAAUUCUUGUGCCAAUCCAUUCCUCUAUGCUAUUUUUACCAAGGCCUUCCAGAGGGAUGUGUUCAUCCUGCUCAGCAAGUUUGGCUUCUGUAAACGCCAGGCUCAGUCAUACCAGGGCCAGAGGGGUUCUCCAAAGAACAACACCAGUAUUCAGCUUCAAAAAGUUACCCAGGACAUGAGGCAGAAUCUCCCCAACAUGCAAGAUGACUAUGAACUGCUUGAAAACUCUCAUCUCGCUCCAAAUAAUCAUGGCCAAAUCUCAGAAGAGUAUAAGCAAACAGCUUUGUAAAUUGAUCCUCUGUUAUUCCCACUUGUAAGUCAACUAUACACAAAGUUGGUUUCUUUAGCCCACAAUCCAAUCCCUUGACACAUGAACACACAGGUGACCCAGUGCUUAUUUAGGCAGUGUUCCAUGGGACAAGAAUUCAUCUCUAAGGAGUUACAAGCUUUAUCUUAAUCAUUGUCUCUAAGGAAGAGAAACUAUGAGCAGGUCUUAAUCCCAGGCAAUAUCAAAACAAUCAAUACUUUCUAGAGGACUUGUUUGAUACCAAGUC